AUGCCGGCACUAUUUCCGCGACGGCUUGACGUAAGCGAACUCUUGACGCUGAUGUUGGGCUGCGACAGGACAUCGGCGUCGAUUAACGAAUCCGAUUCUCCUUCGGGAACGGAAGAUCUACCGGCCGAGUUCCGGAACGAGGAAAUCCGUUGGCCAAAAGUGAGACGUGGUCUGCAGGUAACCGAGCAAUGUAAUAUUGCAAUGAAGUCGGCUAAACUCCGACUGUCAGACCUACUCAACGACACUUUGCGUCAGGCUGCUGGUCAACGUUCGCUGAAUUUAGUGAUGCCGGCCCUAUUUCCGCGACGGAUUGACGUAAGCGAACUCUUGACGCUGAUGUCGGGAGGCGAAAGGACCGCGACAACACUUAGCGAAUCGAAUUCUCCCGCGGGAACGACGGGAACGGAGGACGUGCCUCAGUCCCGGCAAUCGUGUGUCGAAACCGGCACAGCCGAUCUCCAAAGGACGUCAACGGCCAUUUGUACGGCGCCGACGGUCGAAAGUGUCCUGCCCGAAUUGUCGCCGAUUCGCGGACGUUUGCAGGAAUACGUCCAGGAACAGCUGAUAGAGUCGUCCUGUGUGGAGUUAGAGACUUUCGUGGUCGAGGCGAUGUCAGCAGACCGUCCGCGACGUGUUCGUCGCUGCAGGUCACCGAUAUCGGCAGUUGGGAGGCGACUCUUAAAAGUCAGCAGGAGAUUGUGUUGCUGGUGUGGGAGGAAAUGA